AUGGGAAAAAAGCCGAUGAUAAGAAGCGGGAAACAACCCCUCAUCGCCGGGCUGAAAAAGAUGAAUCAAACAUUUUUUCUGCAGUGGGUCAAUGGGGAGCUGACAGCCCGUGUUGACGUCAGGUCUGCGAGGAACGGGCGUUCCCCAGGGCUGGACCUCCAAUCUCUCUCGUGGAAGGCGGGGAAUCCCGUUCCCCUGCACCUUGUGAUUCGCUCCCGCAGCUAUCCAAGCCCUGCCCUCCCACUCAAAUUAAAACUACCUCUGGACUCCUGGUGCAAAAUUGAACUGACCUGUGGAACCAGCGUGCUCCUGAAGACUGAUAAACUCAAUCGGAACAUCCGAGUACUUAGAACAGAGCAAGAGGAGGGGAAGGAGGCACAGAUUCUGAUCCCGACGAUAAAUUCAAGGGUGCUGUGUAACAAGUUCCACAUGGAUCUGAGCACGGGGGUGCAGAAGAUGUCCAUUCUCCAUCAGGCUGGAAAAGGAACCCCCUGUCUUGGGUGCAGAGGGAUGUGUAAAUCGUUUGAGCCUCAUCCUUGGAGAAAGAUAUGCAAGUCAUGCAGAUGCAGUCAAGAGGAUCACAGCCUGCACUCUGAUGCUGAGGAUGAUCGGAAAAUUGGCCGGCUCUUGGCUGACUCCAAAUAUUCCAAUCUGACAGCUCGGGUGAAGGGAGGAGACGGAGUUCGCAUUUAUAAAAGGAACAGGAUGAUUAUAACCAACCCUAUCGUGUCCAGAAAAGAUCCAACUUUUGACACAGUCACGUAUGAAUGGGCCCCACCAGGUCUGACCCAGAAGCUGGCUAUUCAUUAUAUGGAUUUCAUUCCAAAGGAAAUGCAGCCAAUUGCUGGAACCGAAGGGGCCUAUUAUCGCCGUAAGCAACUAAUGAGGCAGCUGCCUGCCUAUGACCAGGACCCCUUUCAGUGUCACGCCUUGUCAGAGAGUGAAGUGAAGAGCAUGCAGGAGUUUGUCAGAAAGUACAAGAGUGACGUGCUGGGAGUUGGAGAAGUGGCACUGCCUGGCCAGGCAGCUAGUGCCAAAGAAGAUGCCAACCAGCAGCAGAAGACAGAAGCUAAGGAACAAUUUGCCAAUGGCAAAAUAGCAAAGGAGAUACCACAGGCCACCCCAGCUGCAUCCAAUCGGACACUGGUUGAAUUCCAUCAGAAAGACAAAUAUCAUUGUGAACUUUGCAAGCAGACUGUCAGCAAUGAGAGCCCUGUGGUGUAUUGUGAGCGUGCUGGAUAUGCCCGCCUUUGGCACCCAGCAUGCUUUUUAUGCACCUGGUGCAAUGAACCCCUGGUGGAUCUCAUCUACUUCUGGAAGAGUGGCCGGUUGAUGUGUGGGCGCCAUUACUGUGAGAGUGAGAAACCUCGCUGCAUUGCCUGCGAUGAGCUAAUUUUCUCAGAAGACUUCGUAGAAUGCAAGGGACUGACGUGGCACAAGAAGCACUUCUGCUGCUUGGAGUGUGAUCAGCCACUGCUUGGAAAGUCCUAUGAACUGGAGCAGACCAAGCUGUUCUGUACAGCCUGUAACAAAAGAAACAAGCACAUGUGAAGGACUUCCACUGGAAUGACGAUCAUGCUCUAAUUUACAUUCACCGUCUGUAUAAACUAACCAAAGAAACUUUGGUCAGCUAAAUAAUAGAAUAUGGAUCUAGCAAACUCUAGUAGAAGCUCUGGAGAGUGAAGUAUUUACACAAAGUGGACACUCUUUUAAAAUUGUCUAAGAUUCAUUACAAAGGUGGUAAUGAUGUCUUUGUUACACACACAAAAUGCUGGAGGAACUCAGCAGGCCAGGCAGCAUCUAGGAAAAGAGUACAGUUGAUAUUUUGGGCUGAAAACCUUAGUCAGUCCUGCCGAAUUGUUUUGGCCUGAAGUGUCAACUGCACUCUUUUCCUAGAUGCUGCCUGGCCUGCUGAGCUCUUCCAGCAUUUUGUGUGUGGUGCUUGGAUUUCCAGCACCUGCAGAUUUUUUCUUGUUUGAUGUCUUUGUUAUUGGUUUAUUAAUUUUGCAAGACCCCUCUGAGAGAAAACUGUGGUUUGGUAUCAUGCGCUUAAUUCAGUGAAAUGUAUACCAUCUUCAAUCUGAGUCCAAAUUUACCUGAGGAAUGGAAGACUUUUAAAAAAUUAUUUAUUUUUGCACCAUAUAUAUAAUUGAAAAGCUGCACUUCAACCCUUGCUAUGUUUCUGUAUUGAAUGUAGAAUUCUGUAAGAUCAUGAGAACAUGACUGGUGGGUGAGUUAAUCUGGUCUACAGGUAUGGCAUCUUUGUGGGAGUUCAUUUCAGCUGAAGUUAAAUUCCUGUCAGAAUUUAAUCGCUGGACCUAUGAAUUAACAUAAUGGUUAAGUCCAUUUAGAUGAUAAACAGUAAAACAUUUGAACUUAGGAGCAAAUCAAUAUCCAGUAAAUUACUUUUUAAAUAACUCACCAGAAAAUGAGAGAAUUUCCAAGGAGGUGCCUUCUUGAAACAAACUGGCAAAAAGAGCGCAGAGAAUAUACAGUAUAAACCACCGGAAGCCUAUCACUCUCUGGAUUUAAUAACCUGAUCUGAUCAUGACAGUAAAUGUGCUGCACCUCGCCUUGGGGCUACUGAGGGAGAGUAUAUCUGGGAUUCGCCUGCUAAAUCGCUUUACAGUGACCAUAUCCUUAAAGAACCUUUUUCACGAUGAAAGUCGAAUCAGACUGAAUUAUAAUGUACACUAGAGUUAGCUAAUUUAUGCUGCUCCCAGUGAUGUAGAGCUACACGGGUGCAGCCCAGGAAUAAGCCCUAAAACACUUGGAACAUACCACAUAAGAGAGAAACAGAGAUAGUAAAUGGCUACAAGAAAUACUGGCGUUCAACACCGGUUUUAAGUUACACCCUUGAGGGUGGUUAAGUCAAGAUUUAGAUUUGAUCAUAUUGGAGUACAGGAAAUCAGAACAGCAGAUACUGGGGAUGGAAGUAAUUUCAUUGUCAUUUCUUUAGGAAGGGUUUGCAGGGUCAAAGCUUGUCACCUUUACUGUAACAAUGCUCUGAUUUAAGAUAGUACUUUAGAAAUGCCUAUUCAAUAUCCUCAAACCUAUGUUUUUCUUGUAUCAGAUGAUCAUGUUACAGUCUGCAAUUCAAUAGCUACCUAAUGGUUAGAAAUGUUUUAUGUUGUUUAAACCUUCUUCCCUUGAAUAUUCAGAGGAAAUCAGCAAGGGAAUGAAUAUCUUAUUUUCUAACCCUAUCAAUUAAUUUAGAAUAAUCUACAGUAGGCUCCAUGCUGAAAAGAGAGAAGGUAGCAAGUUGAGCUUGUGCUUUAAACAAUUAGUUAUGGUAGAGUAUCUUGUUGCUUGACAGAAGACUAACAUUCAUUUAAAAUCUUAAAAGAAUUGAAUGUUAAUUGUAUCUAAUUAUGUAUAAUUCUAUAAUUGUUGAAUAAUUCCGUAAGUGUUUAAUUCUAUAAAGUAGCUGUUACAAAUUCACAGGGCUGGCAAUGAGAUUCACCAGCAGAGAGUGGUUGCUGGGCUGUUGGACUGUGAGGGCUAAUCAGUUAGAGGGAGGGUGCAGGGGACAUUUGGAAUACAAAUGUGCACAGACUUGGGGAGUGAGAGCUGGGAAGUAUGUGGAAAUGGAUCAUAUAGCAAAAAUGUUCUCUUCCCUUAAAAAUACCUUCAAGUCCUAGGACUCAUUUGGGGUUAGUUUGAUCUAUCUGCUCAACUGGAGAGAUCCAUAGCAUGAGAUAUUGUCUCUAAUAUAAAAUGCAAGACUGGCUGGUAAUCCAAUUUACCUGUUCCCCAGUAGGCGGGUUAGGUUAAAAUUAACAGCAUAAAUUUUGAUUUCAUUGCUUGCUCUUGAGCAGCUCCACAGUGCAAACUGUUAACAUUGAAGUGGAAGGUGGAAGGGGAGGACACAUAAGAAUGCCUGCUUCUGCUUGGUUUAGGUGGGUUUGCAGGAAGAAGGACAACAGAGAUACAGGGCCUUCAAACACCAAGUAAAUGUAAUCGAUCCAGUUUGCGUUCAGCAUUCCCACCACAAAAAACAUGCUUGUACAUGCCCUCAUCCAUUUUUUGCAUUUCGCCACAGGUGAAAGCACAAAAGGAAUAUGUUAAAUGAGCAUUUUUGAGAUGGGGGAGGUUCGAUUUGUGAAAAUUAUAUAGUUAGCAUAAGUUAAAGACAACGUGUGACAUUUUUGGUGAACAGUGAAUGACAUGUCUAAGUAUAGAUUUCUGCAGUUACUUAACCCUUACGAGAACAUCAAUAAAAACUGAGAGCAAGACAAAUUUAUGUUUCAUUGUUUA